AUGUUAAAAAAUAUAGGAGACUAUUUUGCGAUAGUCUGUGCGUUGAUUAACGCCUAUCGACCAUUAUUCAUAGCCGACAUUUCUAAAGACAAUGCUAUAGCUGAUCGAAUGUUGGGAUUGGCAACUCAAUCAAAUAAUAUAAAAACAUAUAUUGAUAAAUUGAAAAAUAAAUCCGAUAAAUCCCUAAAGUGGACUCUAUUAAAUGCGAAUCAUUUGGUUAAAGAUUUUCCACGUAUGACAUUCAACGAAUUAAAUGACUUGACCUUAGGCACCUUCCAGCUAAAACAGGCUAAAAAGUAUGCUGUGGAACAUUUAUCUAAUGAUGGCUCAUUUAAUAUAAAAGUAGCUAAACAACGGGAUGAUUUAAUAAGAGCUCAAAUACAAUCUCGACAUAAAAAUGCCAUACUAUACGAUAUCUGGGUACAGUACGAUCAAAAAGAAAUUCUUGGUUGGUACUGCCGAUGUCCGAAUGGUUGUCGUGUAAUAGGCUGUUGCUCUCAUAUUGCUUCUGUGAUUUGGUAUUUAUCGUUUGCUCGAUAUCAUCCAGAAGCUUUGAGAGAAUCAGCUUCUUCAUAUCUAAACUCACUAACUGAUGCACAAAACUAUUCAGAUGUUUCUGAUGACGACGGAAAUGAAAGUGAUGAUGAUAAUUCUCAAACCUUAUACACUCUUGCUUAA